GGGAUCAUUAGCUCCGUUAGCUCUGCCAUGCUAGCCGUUAGCCCCAACCGGAAGUGACUGGGGGAUUUCGCUCUCAUUCAAAUCCGUGCUGGUGAUAUUUUUGAAUGUUAAACGCGGCGAUUUUUUUAGCCUCCGCAUCCAGAUAAACUAACAUUUAAAAGGCAAAAACGCACUUAAUGACAAACAUUCACACUUCAUGUGGACAUUUAUGGCUCAUUUGUGGAGUUUGGAGGCUCGUUAGUGAGCGGACGGAAGAACCGGCAGACGAGCCGUUAGUCAAGGUAGCAUCUGUGACGGAGGCAGUUAGCUUCUUACUGUUUGUUAGCUGUGGUGUUAGCUGUGAUGUUAGCUGUGGUGUUAGCUGUGAUGUUAGCUGUGAUGUUAGCUGUGAUGUUAGCUGUGAUGUUAGCCGUGUUUGACAUGUAGCUCCAGCUGGGAUGAGCUCCGGGAGGCUGGAGGUGAAAAUAAAGCGGGUUUGCUCCAGGAAGAGGUCCAGGGACAACCUGAGGACACACCUGACACCUGUCCGGAAGAGAGGGGGGAGGACUGUCCCCUCACCGACAUGUCCCGUCGGCUUCAGCAUGAACGACGGUCGAGCUGCGGAGUUCUGUAGUGACUCUGAGGACUUAUUUGGGGACUAUGACAGUCUCCUGGGGGACAGCUCUGUCCUGGCGAAGCUGGAUGAUGUUGAGCAGAAUGAGAGACGUCGAGCUCAUCGCCCGCCGCCCGAAGACGCCCUCACCGACUCCAUCAUGGACGACCUCGGAGACGACGCCUUCAGGGACCUGCCGUCCAGUCAGCUCCAGUUCCAGGAGGAAAUCCAAGACCAGGCGAAGAGGAGCCGAGUCCAGGACGGAGACAAGACCUCCACGCCGUCUAGAAACCGUCCCCCGCAGGACGGAGACGCCAGGGGGGGAGGCCGGGCGAGGAGGAGCGUGGCCGACCAGCUGAAGAGGACGAUGCUCGGCAACGCCGCCACUCCCACCGCCGUCUCCCGGUCGGCCGCUCUCAAGGAGGCGGUGGUUUCUGAGGAGAUCAGCGUCGCCAUGAUCGCCAUGGAGACGGUGUCAGCCGAGACGACCGACCUCGGGCCUUUCUACGGCCUCCCCAGCCGGGUCAAGGACCUGGUGUUCAGACUCAGAGGGAUCCAGAGCUUAUACGAGUGGCAGCAGACGUGUCUGAACCUGGACUGUGUCCAGAAGAGGAGGAACCUGAUCUACUCUCUUCCCACCAGUGGAGGCAAAACUCUGGUGGCAGAGAUCCUGAUCCUCAGAGAGCUGCUGUGCAGGAAGAAGGACUGUCUGUUCAUCCUCCCCUACGUAUCACUGGUCCAGGAGAAGGUCCGGGGUCUGUCAGGCUUCGGCCUGGAGCUGGACUUCCUGGUGGAGGAGUACGCCGGCAGCAAGGGCAGAUUUCCUCCGGUGAAGAGAAGAACCAAGAGGUGUCUUUACAUCGCUACCAUCGAGAAGGCCCACAGCCUGGUGAACGCUCUGAUCGAGGCCGGCAGGCUGGACUCCCUGGGGCUGGUGGUGGUGGACGAGCUUCACAUGCUGGGGGACGGCAGCCGAGGGGCCGUGAUAGAAAUGACUCUGGUCAAGGUUCAGUACGUCAGCAAAACUACUCAGAUCAUUGGGAUGAGCGCCACCCUGGGGAACAUCAAGGACCUGCAGACGUUUCUGAACGCGGAAAACUACACCAACGACUUCAGGCCUGUUGAGCUGAAAGAAUUCGUCAAACUGAAUGAUUCCAUCUAUGAAGUCGACCCUAAGGAGGAAAACUGCUUCCGAUUCUCACGAGUCCUCAACUUUAAAUACUCCAGUACGAUGCUGAGGACAGAUCCUGACCACAUCGUUGCCUUGGUAACGGAGGUCAUCCCGUCUCAUUCCUGCCUCGUCUUCUGUCCAACAAAGAAAAACUGUGAGAACGUGGCAGUGAUGAUCUGUAGCUUCCUGAAGGAGGAGUUCCUCCGCCACCAUGAGGCUGAGAAGCGCCUCCUCCUGAAGGAGCUGAAGGAGGCUGGGAAUGGGUCGGUGUGCCCGGUCCUGAGGAGAACCGUCCCGUUGGGUCUGGCCUACCACCACAGCGGCCUGACCUCCGAGGAGAGGAGGCUGGUGGAGGAGGCGUACUCCAGCGGGGUCCUGUGCCUCCUCACCUGCACCUCCACCCUGGCUGCAGGCAUCAACCUCCCGGCCCGGAGGGUGAUUCUCCGUUCUCCGUACGUUGCCUCUGAUUUCCUGAAGAGGACUCAGUACAAGCAGAUGAUUGGACGAGCAGGACGAGCCGGGAUCGACUCAGUAGGAGAAAGUUUCCUCAUCCUGCAGGAGAAGGACCGGAGCAAGGUUCAGGCUCUGGUUUCUGCUCCGAUGGAAAAGUGUUACAGUAACUUACUGAGCAACGAUGGAAAAAGCUUCCUGAGCCUCCUCCUGUCUCUCAUCGGACUCCAGACGGCCUCGUCCCCGGAGCAGCUGCAGGACGUCCUCCAGGGGACGCUGCUGUACGUCCAGAGGCAGCAUCUGUUCCCAGAGACCAGUCUGACGGAGCUGGUGGAGCAGAGCCUGGAGCAGCUGAAGGACAAAGACCUGGUCACGGCCACCGGCCCCACGCUGCAGGUCACCCGGCUGGGGAGGGCCACGUUCAAAGGCUCGGUGGAUCUGGCCCACAGUGGCCUCCUGUACCAGGACCUGUCCAAAGGUCUGGAGGCUCUGAUGCUCAACAGCUACCUCCACCUGGUCUACCUGGUCACCCCCUACGACCUGGUCCCUCAGUGUAAACCGAACUGGAUGGUCUACCUCACACAGUUCUCGUUGCUGUCGCCUCCAGAGCAGAAGAUGUUUGCAGCCGUUGGAGUUUCAGAAAGUUUCAUAGCGAGAAAAGCAGCAGGACAGACGGUGAAGAAGAGUGUGGACCUGGCCGUGGUGACCCGGCUCUACCUGGCCCUGGUUCUGUUCUUCCUGCUGAAGGAACCAGAUCUGUGGAACGUGGCCCAGAGGUUCCAGUUGAACCGAGGUUUCGUCCAGACUCUGCUGAGCUCGGCCUCGGCCUUCUGCUCCUGUGUGCUGCACUUCACCGAGGAGCUGGAGGAGUUGUGGCCGUUCAGGUCUCUGCUGGUGGAGCUGGUGCAGAGACUCAGCUACUGCGUGAAGGCGGAGAUCGUCCCCCUGAUGGAGGUGGCAGGAGUCAUGGAGUCCAGAGCGAAGCAGCUGUAUGAGGCCGGCUACAGGACUCUGACCCACCUGGCCAGCGCUGACCCGGACCUGCUCUCCAGGACCAUCUCCAACCUGUACAGGAAGCAGGCCGUGCUCAUGGUGGCCUCCGCUAAGAUGCUCCUGAAAGAAAAAGCUGCAGCUCUCCAGGAGGAGGUGGAGGAGCUGCUGGCGACUCCCUCUGACCUCCCUCACAGUUAAAGCCUCCUCCUCUCGUCUCACAGAGUUUUAUUCCGUUUUCUAUUAAAUGAAUGAACCGUCUGACUCCUGUUUGUGGAUCUGAACCGACAAGAGGAAGAAACUUCAUCAUCAUCAUCAUCAUCAUCAUCAUCAUCAUCAGAGGAUUCGUCCGUUUUACUGAGUCUCAAUAAACUGAAAGAGAAUCAUGAACAAACGAACUGAGCAUUUUAAUGAUUGUUAUAGAAAAUGUUUUGUUACAUUUUUAUAUUUUUUCUCGUUUUAUUAAAUAAAAUAUGUAU